AUGAUCGCUGACGGAGUUGAAGACGAAGAAAAAUGGCUCUCUGCCGGGAUCGCCGGCCUUCAGCAGAAUGCCUUUCACAUGCAUCGCGCCCUCGAUUCGAACAAUUUGAAGGAUGCACUGAAGUUUUCUUCCCAGAUGUUGUCGGAGCUCCGGACCUCGAGGCUCUCCCCUCACAAAUACUACGAACUUUAUAUGAGGGCGUUUGAUGAGCUGCGGAAAUUGGAAAUUUUCUUCAAGGAGGAGACUGGUCGUGGGUGCUCCAUUGUCGAACUUUAUGAGCUCGUGCAACACGCUGGCAAUAUUCUGCCGAGACUAUAUUUACUCUGUACUGUGGGUUGUGUCUACAUAAAAUCAAAAGAAGCCCCAGCAAAGGAUAUACUUAAAGAUCUUGUUGAAAUGUGUCGUGGCAUACAGCAUCCUCUGCGUGGCCUCUUUCUGAGGAGUUACCUCUCUCAAGUCAGUAGGGAUAAACUGCCUGACAUUGGUUCUGAGUAUGAAGGGGAUGCGGAUACUGUCAUGGAUGCUGUUGAGUUUGUACUCCAAAAUUUCACAGAAAUGAACGAACUUUGGGUUAGAAUGCAGCAUCAGGGACCUACUAGGGAAAAGGAGAAGAGAGAAAAAGAAAGGAGUGCACUACGCGAUCUUGUUGGUAAGAAUCUUCAUGUUCUCAGCCAGAUUGAGGGGGUUGACCUUGAAAUAUACAAAGAAAUAGUGCUUCCGAGAGUAUUGGAGCAAGAUGAGCUUGCCCAAUAUUACUUGAUGGAUUGCAUAAUUCAAGUCUUCCCUGAUGAAUACCAUUUGCAGACUCUUGAAACCUUAUUGAAUGUUUGCCCUCAACUUCAGCCUUCUGUUGAUGUGAAGACAGUGCUUGCUCGUCUGAUGGAAAGGCUCUCAAAUUAUGCUGCUUCUGGUGUAGAACAGCCUGGUUUUAUUAGGAGGAAUCGGACCACCGCCGCCGCCGCCGCCCUGAGCGUUGGGAGCCUGGUCAGGAGGAAUCGGUCCGCCGCCGCCGCCUGGCUGAGGAACAGGCGGAGCGGGAAGUGGAGGCAAGCCAGGAGGCGGCGGCGAUCAGAAUCCACCAGGCUCCUCUCAUUCCUCCCCACGCUCAGGGAGGCGGCAGCGGCGGUCCGAUUCCUCCUCACCAGCAGGGAGGCGGCGGCAGUCCGAUUCCUAACCAGCAGGCUCCUCUCAUUCCUCCCCACGCUCAGGGAAGCGGCGACAAUUCAUGUAGGCUCUCUCAUUCCUCCCCAUGCUCAGGGCGGCGGUGGUCCGAUUCCUCCUGACCAGGCUCCCCACGCUCAGGGAGGAGGCGGUGGUCCGAUUCCUCCUCAGCCGCAGGGAGGAGGCAGUGGUCACGUUGCGAAACUGGCUUUCCUGAGAGUAGUGGCUUGCAUUUAUACUGCUGAAAAGGUGGAUGCAUUGUUUGAAUUAAUAAAGGGGCUUGUAAAAGAAUCAGAUGAAGAUCUCCGUGAUGAGCUCGAUGAGGACUUUAAAGAAGAGAAAAAUUCUGUUGCGCGUCUUAUACAAAUGCUUCAAAGUGAUGAUCCAGAAGAGAUGUUGAAGCUGGUACGGCAACUGGAGGAUAAAAAUGAAGGUGUAUCUGGUGACGAGGCAUCAGCCACACCAAAGAAGAUCUUUCAGUUAGUGACCCUGACCAUUGAUACUUUGUCGAGUAUUCCAGUGCCUGAAUUGGCUCUAGGAUUGUACCUGCAGUGUGCCGAGGCUGCAAAUAACUUCGACCUAGAACCUGUAGCGUAUGAGUUCUUCACACAAGCUUAUAUCUUAUAUGAAGAAGAAAUUACGGAUUCGAAAGCUCAGGUGACCUCUUUACACCUAAUAAUAGGGACUCUUCAGAGGAUGCAUUAUUCUGCAAAGCUGUUGAAGAAGUCUGACCAAUGUAGAGCUGUUUAUGCAUGUUCUCAUAUGUUCUGGCUUGAUGAGCAUGACAGUAUCAGAGAUGGAGAGAGGGUCCUGCUCUGCUUGAAGCGUGCUCUGAGAAUCGCGAAUGCCGUUCAACAAAUGGCGAACGCAACCAGAGGCAGUGGAUCGGUCCUACUCCUUGUAGAGAUACUGAACAAGUAUCUUUACUUCUACGAGAAAGGGGUCCCAAAGAUCAGUGUGGAGUCAGAUCCGGAGCCUGAUUGA